AUGUUACUCGGUGCUUAUUUGUCUGGCGGUGGUGGACUAGUCCGUGCUGUGAGUAUUCUAGGAAGCCAGCCAUCGUAUUCUGUCUUGUUUACUGGACAGUUGAUGGCUGCCGCGGCGGUACCGUUCCUUCUAUGCUGCCCGACGGCACUGGCAUCAAUAUGGUUCGGAGACCAAGAAAGAGCAACCGCAAACCUAGCUUCUAUAGCUCAUCCAUUCGGAAUCGCAGUUGCGAAUUUGGUGUCUCCGUCGCUGGCGACCGAGAAAGAUGGAAUAGCAGCCCAGAUAUGGCUAUACAGUGGUCUCGCAAUGGUCGCAGCUUUCUUGCUAACAUUACUGCUUGCCUUCAUCAACUCAAAGCCACCGUCACCACCUUCGCCUUGUGCAAGAAUCGAAAACAAAGAGAAGUAUACGGAAGAACUAAAAGAGAUGUGCAAGAUCGGAUCAUAUUGGAAUCUUCUCCUGACGUGGGCAGCAGCUUCUGGUGUUUCGAGCUCACUGCAAACAUUAGUAGACGUUGUAAUGUGUCCUGAAGGCAUUAGCAAUAAAUUCACUGGCAUCUGUGGAGCAAUCAUUACAUUUCUAGGCAUACCAGGUGCUGCAAUCAGCACCAUUUUUGUGGACAAAACUAGAAGAUUCAAUAUUAUGGCAAAAGCUUGCUUUCUAGGACAUUCUCUGUUUGCAAUCGCCUUUGCUACCAUGUUAACCACCAGAAAUUCUGAGAUUCUAGUUGCAUUCAGCCUAGGAUUACUGACAUCAUCUGCUAUGAUACUGAUGCCAGUCAGCUUUGAACUUGGAGUUGAGACAUCAUUUCCAUUGUCUGAGGCAACAAAUUCAGCAGUUCUGUGGACAACAAGGCAAACAGUGAGCCUCGUUUUCUUCUUCAUUGGUCAAAUUCCUCCCUUCACACACAAGAACGACAUUCCUUUGAACUUCACUUACUCAGGUACGUGCACCACAUUUGCACCUCACAACGAAACUGUUUACUUCCAUGAGGCACCACCAGCAGACAUCACCAAUGGUGUCUGGUUACAAGUCGGAGUGAUAUGUUUCACAACAUUUAUCUUCAUACUAAAAUUUAACACAAACUACCGGCGCAUAGAAAAAGAGAAGGCUAUCAUUGAAGCAAGUGUGUGCACCACGUAUGAGGACACUAGUGUCACAGACAAUGAUAUUGUCUACAAUGGUAGUAAUAUCACAUUGCCCUUUGCCUCGAUAAAUAUGUAA